AUGUUCACCCAGCCGCUCUCCUCACCUCCCGCGGGGCAUCAGGCGUCCAGCCCCGUGUCCCCCUCCCGUCCCAGCCGCCUCCGUGGCCUCAGCUACCUGCGAAACUACACGCACAGCCACCUGCUCUCCCGCGACGGCAGCCAUCAUUCGGCCUCUCCCUCGGCCUCGGCCUCGAACUCGAGCAUCGCCGCCGGCGGCAACCUGACCCGAUCGGCGAGCUACACCGUCUCUUCCUCGACGACGACGACGACGACGACGACGACGAUCCCGGCCGGCCAGAACGUGAACCGGCUGACUCUCGUCAACUCGACGCCCGACAGCACCGAAUCCCACGCGCGGACGUCGCAGCGGUCGACGCCCCUCGUCGCUUCCUCGAGCCCCCCAGCGCCCAUCCCCGAGAUGCCGACGCGGACGAGGUCUGGCGCCGGCGCCGACGUCGACGUCGCCGACCAGCCCGCCUCGACGCGGACGAGGACCUCGACGGCGGCCGACACGGCUGCCCCCAACCCCGACAACGCGCCCUCGAUACGUCUGUCGGCCUACUACGACCCGCGGUCGACGCGCCCGUCGCUCUCGUUCCCCCCCAUCUCCCGCACCCUGCCCCACGGCGGCGACGUCAUCCGCGUCGGCCGCUACUCGGAGCGCGACGGUCAGGCCGGCAUGGCCGCCAACCAGCCCUCGGCCGCGCCCGUCGGCUUCAAGAGCAAGGUUGUCAGCCGCCGUCACUGCGAGUUCUGGUCCGAGGACGGCAAGUGGUUCAUCCGCGACGUCAAGAGCUCGUCCGGCACCUUUCUCAACCACAUCCGCCUCAGCCCGCCGUCGCAGGAGAGCAAGGCGUAUGCCGUCAACGACGGCGACAUCGUCCAGCUCGGCAUCGACUUCAAGGGUGGCGAGGAGAUGAUCUUUCGAUGCGUCAAGAUGAGGCUCGAGCUCAACCGGGGCUGGCAGAAUAAGCCCAACACGUUCAACGUCGCCGCCCACAAGCGACUGCGCACCAUGGCGUCCAACGGCGCCGCCUCGACGGUCAGCUCAACGUCGCAGGACUGCUCCAUCUGCCUCAACUCCAUCGCCCCUUGCCAAUCCCUGUUCGUGGCUCCCUGCUCGCACACGUGGCACUUCAAGUGCGUGCGCUCGCUCCUGUCGUCGCCGCAGUAUCCCAUCUUCUUCUGCCCCAACUGCCGGGCCAGCGCCGAUCUCGAGGCCGACGUCGACGAGCCCGACGGCGAGUGGCAGCAGCUCGACGAGGAGCUCUGCGGCGACGACCGGGAGGCCGCCGACCAGGACCAACCGCCGCACGGCCUGCCGGCGUCGACGUCGACGCCGGCCGCCGACCUGACUGUCCAGGACGCCGACGGCAUGGACGUCACCGUCAACGUGGCCGCCCUCGACGGCCCGAGCGGCCCGGCGACGAACCUGCCGCACGCCGCGACGGAGCCCCUGCCCAUCAGGAACCCUUCGUCGGGCGCCCGUCGAGUCGACGACCUGCGAGAGAACCGGUCUCCGUCGCCCGUCAUCAACGGCGAAGGACCCAUCACGCCGCGGAACAACGCGGGCCCGUGGGUGUUUGACGGCAGCGCCGGCCAACGAGCCCCCGACGCGACACCCGAGAUGCGAAGCCUCGACGCCGCCGCCGGACCGGACCUCGGUCGAGGCGUCGCGAGCGACGACUCGAGCCGCUGA